AUGGCGAUAGGCCCGCCCCCUUAUCGCCCCGCCCCGCUGGCGAAGCGAGGCCGGGACUGGACCUCCGAGCCAGCGACGGCAGGCCCCGCCCCCAACCGUCCAGUCCCCGCUCCGCCCCGCCCGUGGAGCUCCUCGCCGCGCCUGCGCGGGGGGAGGCCCGCUGAGCGGCCUGGGACCGGAGAGAAUCCUACCCCGGUACCUCUGCCGGCGCCCGCCUGA